UUUUUAUCUGUUUUGAAGUAUUUUCCGCCAUCCGUUUUGGGAAUGUAGGAAAGCAACGAAGAGGAUUCGAAUGAGAUACUCUGCAAAGGAGUCAAACGGGUUAUCAGGGUGCCAGCCCAUUCGGUAUGACGGCCUGUAAUCCCUUCGGGACCAGGAUGUAGUUUCCUGGUGGACUGCACACGUAUUUCUAGCUUUUCGCCCAUUUAGAAAUGUCUGUGGAUGCAACAACCCACUCUAGCACCACUCAUUACAUCCCUGUAGGUAGCGCUUAGUGAUGUGUUACUGUUUCUCGGACUUGCGCAUUUCACCCUAGAAUCCGAAUCGGGGCGAACUUGGUCGUCGUACCAACAGUAGUGGCACGAAGGUUUUCCCGCCAACUCAUCCGAGACUUCUUUUAUCUCCUCUACCGGGUGUCUUAGUAUUGCUCCUGCGUAGUUCGGGGUAACAUUUAGCGGUCGCUUCGCGUCAUUAGAAUUUACCGACAGUGCGGUGCAUACUCGAGUGAAACGUUCGCAUGCCUCAGUCAAACUUGCGAAGAUGUUAAUUGGAUUCAACUGGCUGAAGAGCGGAGCCAUUGCAAAGUCUUUGUCGAAGUGUUGAAAUACUAUGAUCGUAUAUUUAUUUAGUGCACUAAAGAGGACAAGUACUUAAGUGUAUGGGAAUUUUGAUUUGUGAUGUGAACAUACACGUUACAUGAAGAAAUAGUUUUAGUUUGAAACACAAUUUUAAACUUCUUGUCUAACGAAGUUGAUUCAUAUUUACAGGAAUGUUUUUGAAACAAUAUCUCACGACUGUAAUAAAAAUGUUUUUAAAAUAAGAAGAAAUUAUAAAUGUCAACGUUUCGUAGUUGACCUACAGGCCAUGAUACGUAAAAUAAUGGCAACAAGUGCUGACUAUAUGGAACUCCAACACGAAAAGCGAAAUGUCUUUACCUUUGCUUUGAUGAAACAUCUAUUAAUGUGCAUGUUAGUUAAAUUGCCUGCGGACCUCUACGAUGACGUCAUGGUGUAAUAUAGAGUGAGAGUCUCAACCAGGUUCUUCAGAGAUGAUGACCUUUUUGUCGGAGGUGCAAUGAGUCGCCGUGACGCGCUGCCCGUCGCUGGAACUUGAGUGGUGAUGACCUCGCUUGCCCUCGGAGUGCCUCUCAUCAUGGUCACAGUCCUGGGCCUGCUACUCAACGGGUAUAUUCUGCUCGUUGUGGUCCUCACGAAGCAGGUCCAGACUGCCAACAACCUGCUGCUCCUCCACCUCGGUAUUGUCGAUUCCUUGCUUUGCGCUCUCUUCCUCUUUUUCUCGGCUCCCAGCAUGCUCCGCGGCUGGAGCUGGCUCGGCACUGGAGCUCCCUGCGGCCUACACGGCUUCCUCUUCACACUGCUUCACCCUGUGGCGUUGUGGACUGUGUGUGGGCUCAACUGUGACCGCUACUAUGCGAUCUCCGCCCCACUGCACUAUGGGACCAUGGUGAGCCCGCGCAAGGUGGCCAUGGGGCUGGGUGCCGCGUGGCUACUCGCCUUCAUCCUCUGUCUGCCCCCGCUGUUUUUCGUAGCUCCGUACAGUUACAACCCAGGCCUAUCCGGCUGCGCUCCUGAUUUCGGACUGGGUGACGGCGCCAUCUGGUACUCGGCCAUCUACACUGUGCUGACGUUGGUACUGCCGGCUGCGUUGAUCCUCGGCUGCAAUAUCAAGGUGCUGAUGAUAGCCCGAUAUCACCGCCAUCGCAUCGCGUCAGCCAUAUUCGAGGUCACCCUCUCCGCCCAGGUGACCAUCACUCACCAGAGGAAUCCUUUCCACCCGCCAGUUCUGAGUGCAGGCGGAAAGUUCCGGGGACGCAGUGCCAUCUCAACAGUGCUGCAGCUGCUUGGUUCCCUGCUCGUCCUGUACUUCCCCUACUAUAGUGUCAUCCUGUGGGAGUCCUCGUCUACCACAUUCCUAGCAGCAAAUAAGAUCGGCAAUGCUGUCCGUGUUCAUCCGCACCUCGUCACCCUCGCAUCAACCUUACUAACCUGUUCGCCGCCGGUCAACGGUCUUCUAUACGGUGUCAAGAGCAAAAUACUCCGUAAAACAUUCCAAAACUAUUGGCGCAAACAGAUGUCUAAGAGCGAGAUGAUUCAGGAGAUCCAAGCUCGAACCCCGUCAGCUUGUGGUUCUCGGCGUCCCUCGCUUACCCCUCUGGGGAUCCUGAGUCGUCCCUCCACUUCUCAUUUACAGAGACGUCUGUCGGAAGUGCUUCUAGACCCUCAUCGUACUGGUAUCAGCUGGAACAAUUCUAAUCGGCCUAGGAUUCAGAGGAUCGCUUCGGAGUUAAACUGGAGACCUUCAUCCACGUCUGGACUUGGUAUCUCUCUGACUGGAAUAAAUAAUGCCACUGGUUUACCAAGAUCACGAUCCUUCAAGGAUCAACAGUCACACGCAGUCAGCUGCAACACGUUACAAGUGCCAACUUUUGAUAACGAUUCAGUAAUUGACGGUGAAAUCUCAAAAACGUAUAGAUCCAUCCGUGCAGCAGUAAUCUCUAAGAAGACUGGGAGAGGCUCGCUUGAAGGAGUAUCUUCGUUAUGUGGUAACCCUGUACAGCUCACGCAUUCUAGUCCCAGCAGUGCAAAUCUCUUCCUUCAAAGAGUUUUUGGCAUUGGAAAUUCUCAUUUCUAUGACAAAUGUCAGAGGGAAAGUUGUUCCCCGUCAUCAAAACGAGCAGCCGCUAUUCAGACUGUCCUAGCAACAACGCCUCGCAGGUCCCCUCGCAUCCUCAUAACUCGCGCAUUCUCAGAAGAAAGUGACAAAUCUCAAACGGCGCCAGGCACGCCAAGCAGAGGCGACAUGGGGCGUCAGUAUUCAACUUCUACAACUUCUUUACUCGACAGGAAGUGGCGGAAAAUGCUGUACGAAGAGGCGAAGGGAGUCGAUGACGGGAGUGAUAUUUGUAGUGCGGCUAGCAGUGACACCGAGUCUUUCCAGCAUCUCGACAUCGGAACAAGUGUCAUUUCAUCUCAAGGCAACGGGAACAUCCGCAGUAGCAAGAGUAGCUUAUCGUCAACAGAAGACAACUCUCGUGCGUCUUCUGGACGUUUGUACUUCUCUCUAGACGGAACAAGUGCAGCGCCGCUGUGCUGUGACGCUGUAUCAGCUAGUGAAGGUACAAGCGACGAUGGCGACACUACUCAACAGCAGACGCAACCUUCACGACACCCACCCACAUCCUAUAUUCUCUCCUGGCCCACUACAAGGAGAAAGAACAUGGCAACCUCCAACGGAGAACUACCACCGUCGUCCAGUACAAGGGUGCAUUUGGCGCGAAGCUUCGCAGAUAUUACGAACACCCCAGAGUUUGUGCUAUAAAGGUACCUUUAUAAAUAGCGAACAAAUCUACUUAUUGAUGCUAAAGACGUAGUUUAUCGAAUCCGAAGUUUAUAGUUUGAGAAUUAUUGUACAUUUAUAUUCGUGCAAGACGUAUCUCGUACAUUUUUCUUGUACGUUCAGAUUUUUGUAACAGUCUUAGGCGUUCCAACACCACAAUAAUCAAGCAUGAACUGCAGAUGUAACCACUUCUUGCAUUUUUUGUCCGCAGCCCACUUGCCACACUGUCCAUAAUUCUUAGCUACUAGUUCCAAAAGGUCACUACAAACCAAACAUGUUAUCGGUACGAUCCUUAUUCUAUAUAGUUGAUCCUUUGUCCAUUUGAGCGCCAGAAACACACACGUACCCUUAAUUUAUAUAGGUAUAUACAUUGACACCUAACUCUAGAGACAAACAAGUUGAUUCAGCGGAAUAACUGGCAUACUGGGAACGACCCGUUCUUCAAGUGCCUGAGCACUGCGGGUCCCAACUUUUCGUUGGCUUGAUCUAUAGACAUUCGGUAGGACUCC